AUGACAAUUAAAGUUGAAAAUACUAGUAUUCACGACUCCCUGCUUUUUGACCCCAUAAAGGUCGGGAAUAUGGAACUUCAACAUCGCAUCGUGCAUGCUCCGGCUACCCGGCUGCGCUGUCAUGAAGAUGGAAUGGUAAUGACAGAUUUGGUAAAGGAAUAUUACAGCCAAAGAAGUGCUAUACCUGGAACAUUUCUUAUUACAGAGUCUAUUUUCUCUGGUCCAAAGUCAGGUGGAUUCACGAAUAUCCCUUGCCUGUAUAAUGAAAAGCAUGUUGAAGCAUGGAGGCCGAUUGUUAAGGCCAUUCACGAAAAGAAAUGCUUUGUAUUCAUGCAAUUUUGGAAUCUUCCAGGAGAAUUGAAGCCAGAGUAUCUCGUUGAUCAAGAAAACCUGGAAAAUAUUAGCCAUGGAGAAUGUCCCAUGGAUCCAACAGGACUACCAGCAGCCUUGGGCAGUGUCUAUUCCAUCUGUGGAGAAGAAUUGUAUAUGGAUAAGUAUAUGAACAAGUCUUCUAUUGAUGAGCAUAUCGCAGAGUACACCGAGGCCGCCAAACGGGCUGUAUUUGGAUGCGGUGCAGAUGGUAUAGAAGUUCACCAAGUUAACGGAUUUUUACUCGACAAAUUUGUCUUAAAUGGUUUUGGUGAAAAGUGCGAUCCAAACUACAGAGGCACAUUAGAAAACCGAGUUCGAUUUUGUUUGGAACUUCUUGGGUCAGUUGUCAAAGCAAUUGGACAAGAAAGAGUAGGUUACCGCAUAUCGCCAUACUCAGAUAUUUGGAAAUCCAAGGAUCAUGUGGAAGCGCACGUGUAUGUGGUCCAGAAACUUCGAGAAAAUUUCAAAAAGCUUGCUUAUUUGCAUGUGAUAGAACCUCGAACAUAUUGGACAGGCCAUCAGCAUAUUCUUCGAGAACAAAAUUCCCUCGAGUACCAAAAGCUAUGGAAACAACCACUCUUGAGUGCCGGAGGACAUGAUCAGAAUUCCGCUUUGCAAUUGACAACCCAAGACAAUGUUUUGGCAGUCUUUGGAAGAUAUUUUUUGGCCAAUCCAGAUUUGCCGUUUCGUCUCAAAUACAAUAUUCCCCUAAAUCGAUGGAAUCGCGCCAGGUUUUAUACCAAAAAGAGCCCGGAGGGCUAUAUCGAUUACCCAUUUUGUGACGAAUUUUUGAGCAAGGCAUUAAAAGUCGAAAAUGAAAAACAUCCUUCGGAAAAGCAAGAAUCCAAGAAUUAA